AGAAGGAUGCUACUGUACCUGUUUUAGAUUGCACGUUUACAAACACAGUUUUACACCGGCUCCCUAGGGAUCCAACCAUCCAAAAGCAAUGGGUUCAGUUUAUUUUUGGUACAACCCCUGAUCAGCUUAGUGAACAAGUAUUUGUUUGCUCCAGGCAUUUCACCACAAGCGAUAUUGUAAAUGGGAUGGAGUACAACUCUGGGUUGAUCUCCAAUGUACUACUAAAACCGGGCGCUGUUCCAUCUAUUCAAGACCUGACCACUGACAUCCAGCCUCAGUAUGGAUCUGACGAAGCUUCUAACGGAGAACGACCGCUUUCCUGCAAUACCUCCAGCCCCAUCCCUGCGCCUGCUUCACGGGUAAGGAGGUUCGCACAGGAGAGGCGAGCGGUCCCACAGCCCAGAGUGAUGGUGGUAUUUUCGGCCCAGACCGAGAGUGACAAACCAGGCGAUGCGAUGUCGAGUUCGGAUUCUGCAGAGGACGAUUUCCGAAAACCUGCAAUUCCUAUGCCAAAUUUAAACCUGGGCAAGCCUCUUCGUACACUUAACGCGUCUCAGGAGUUCCCCGAGGUCGUCCCCUUGAAUGUAGGCGGUACGUACUUCACCACACGUCUGUCCACGCUACGCCGCUACGAGGACACCAUGCUGGCGGCCAUGUUCAGCGGGCGACACCACAUCCCCCGUGACGCCGAGGGCCGCUACUUCAUCGACAGAGACGGAGCUCAUUUUGGGGAUAUCUUGAACUUCCUGCGGGAGGGGGAGCUGCCCCAGCGUGAGCGUGUGAGAGCAGUGUACAGGGAGGCCCAGUACUAUGCCAUCGGGCCCCUGCUGGACAGCCUGGAGGACACUCAGCCACUCACCGGGGAGAAGGUGCGCCAAGCUUUCCUUGACCUCCUGCCCUACUAUAAAGACAAUCUGGAGCGCAUCGUGGAGAUCGCCAAGCUGCGGGCCAUGCAGAGGAAGGCGCGCUUCGCCAAGCUGAAGAUCUGCGUCUACAAGGAGGAGAUGCCCAUCACGCCCUACGAGCGGCCGCUCUUCAACUCGCUGCGCUUCGAGCGCUCGGAGAGCGAGGCCAAGCUCUUCGAGCACCACUGCGAGGUGGACGUGUCCUUCGGGCCCUGGGAGGCGGUGGCCGACGUCUACGACCUGCUGCACUGCAUCGUGAGCGACCUGGCAGAGCGCGGCAUCACCGCCGACCAGCAGUGCAUCGGCGUGUGCGACAAGCACCUCAUCAACCACUACUACUGCAAGAGGCCCAUCUACGAGUUCAAGAUCACGUGGUGGUGAGACGAAGGAAGCCGGUCUCUCCCGUCGUCCUCACCGGCUCACCCUCCCUCUCUUGCGAUGAAGGAGCAGAGCUCCAGCCAAUGGCUCGAGGCCCUAGCUGGUUCCCGGUAGUCAGAGAUGAGACGAUGAGGGUUGCGACAGCCUUUCCCAACGCAUCGAACCCCAGCGCUACCGCUGUGCUUACUGACCUGAGUGUGGUUGUAAUGCUUCUAUUUUGUCACUGACUACUAGUUGUCACUACUAGUUAAAACUGAUAAGUUUUUGUUUUUGUCAUGUUUCUUUUUUUUUGGAAUGACAUCCAACUACUUUGACUUUUGAUUUUAAUAUUGUUUGUUUGUUUUUGUUUUCUUUAAGUGACUGUUAUUGUUAUUUAUUGUAUUCUCAUUUUGUUUUAAACUCUGGGAGUUUUUUUGUGCACCCACAUACUCAAACUCGUGGAAUAUGAAGGUGUUUAGAAAUUGUUGCGGCAGGACUGUUGUGAAACAGUGCUGUUUUGUCCUGUCUCGCUGUGGCCAUCUUGCUGCUGUCGGUUCACUGUUGUUUAUGAUGGCAAGUGCAGUGGCUAGUGAGAGUCCUCCCGUAUAACUGGCUGAUUUAUGUGACCUAAACAGAUGUUAGUCCUGUAUAUAUUUAUUUGUUUUCUUUUCGUACUGACUCUGUACUUAUAUGUUUUAUGUGCUUCUUAUGUUACAGCUCUCCUCAGAUCUAAUGCAAGGCAUUAAGCAACCAGAAAUGGCCAGAUACAUAAAAGGUUGAGGGGCCCUGGAAUUUCAUUGCUUCAUGGCGAGUAAGGGGUUAAUACAGAGAGGAAGCUUUGGUUGUCAAGGACCGAAAGGCAUCAGUAUGCAAGAGGUUUUUGAUGGAAGCUUUUUUAUUAUUUAUUUUUUUAUUCUUUGUUUUUUGUUUUUUUCUUUUGUCCAUUUAAAGGGGAUUCAAAUGCACUUUUUUUUCUCUGUAAAUCUUAAAAAUGUUUGAACACAGUAAAAGUGAUUAACAUACUACAUGUCACAGUGAAUAUUGGUGCAGAUCAAAGAAGGACGCAAAUAGACCAGAAAUAGUGUGUGAUGAACUGUUUCUUGUGUUGCUGUAUGCUAGGCAGUGCUAUGCUGUGGUUAAAGCAUUUAACCGUGUUGACCAUGUUCAUCCAGUCUUAAAGAAGCAGUGGAAAUUAAAUGAUGAGAAAUGAAAAUGGUUGCUUGUCUUCGUGUUGCACUGCAAAUAGCUUGGAAACCUGCAGCUUUGAAUAUGUUGUGGGUAGAUUUCACACAGACAGCCCCGAAACUGGCUGGCUUGUGACAAUGCAGCUGUGAAUAUAUUGGCUUGAAGGCCGCAUGUCUUAUCGAGGACUUUCACAGCACAUAUUGUUUCUGAUUGUUCACUCUUGUAGAGUUCUGUCAAAAGUAACUUUUUUAACUGGAAAUGCUAGAUGACCUGUAAAAGAUGACAAUAAUUGUUUGCCCUUUCAAAGAAAUCCUGAUAACAUUGAAUACAAUGUGAAUUGUGUAUUUCAGUACAAAACAAUGUUUACUGUCUGAAAAAAUAUUCUCAUGUUUGCACUUUGAUAAAAGUUAACUGCUUCAGUUUGCUGGAGUUGGGAUGAAAGGCAUUUAAUAAAUGUAAUAAAUUCUUAGAAGGAUAAUAUGCAUCCUGUUUGAGUCUUCAUCUGACAGUGACAAAUUACUGUUACAGUUCUGCUGUUGCUACAGCAGAAAUUGAUUUGAUUUGCUUAAUAUAUUCAGUUGUUUUUGAAGCAGAUUGUACUUGUAUGUGCUGAGUAUGCCAAGUUCCAACCUGGUUCUGUUAUGUUUGUUGUAUACUGUACUUAGUAUACUUUGUGGGCUAGUUUUUUUUUUACAGUGAAUAAUGGAUCCUAGUGUAAGCUAUAAAACUGCACAAGAUAUCUUCCUGACAUGUAGUAAGAAUUCUGAGAGUAUUUUUCUUUUUUCAAAGUUGUAUUCAUUUUAUUAUAUUUUGUUCAGAUAUUGAUGUUACAGCUUUUUAAAAGAUUCACAUGUUUGUGAAAUCCUGAAUCAGAUUUGAGCUGUACUAACUAAACAAAGAUUAAAAUGUCAAUAGCUAUUAAAGUAGACUCUUAAAUUGAUUUAUGUUGUGUUAGUAAAAAUUUUAAUGCUAGUUUGAAAUUACCAACUGUAAGAUUCAAUCGGUUUUAUAUUAUUACCUCUUAUGGUAUGCUAAUGUUAACCAUGUAUAAAUGGGAGUUUUAUAUCAAAACCCAAAAACAA